AUGCCUAGAGCUGAAUCUCACGAAAAAGCAGGUGAAAGCAGGGAAGUUCCUGUCAGGGUGCGCCUCAGGUGCUCUUCCAGUAGUACAGCUCUUGGGAAGACUGUGGAAAAUUCAGAAGUUACUCAAGAAGAAAUUGUGCUCCCACGAAAGAAAACCUGGGAUAAGCUAGCGGUCCUUCAGACAUUGGCUUCUACUGUGAACAGGGAUCCUACUGCUGCUCAUUAUAUGUUCCAGGAUGACCCUUUCCUUAUGCCAAGAAAUGCAGCCACUUCUCGUCUGUUUUCAUUGUCGAAGGAGUCUGGGAGAAAUGCUGCAAAGUUUAUUAUUAAGCAAUUUCCUCAAUAUUUUGACAAGACUUUUGCAGAGCCCAACAUACCAUGCUUGAUGCCUGAGACUCUUACACCUCAGAUUGAAGGAGUGAAUGAGGAAGCUCUAAAAGAACGUAUCCACCUCAGAAGGGUGAAGGAUUCUGUGGACCUGUUUGAUCAGCUCAUACAAGCAGGUACCCCUGUAUCUCUGGAGACCACAAACAGCCUUUUAGAUUUGUUAUGCUUCUAUGGAGAUGAUGAAUCUACUCCACAAAAAGAGGAAGAAGAGAAGGAGGAUUUGGAAGAAACAGAGGUGAAUGCUUCAGAGCAGCAAAAGGCUCCAAAGAGACAAUUGCAAAGAGGUUCACAGUCAUCUGGCUCUAGAUGGAGGGACGACAACAAUGCUGAAAGGAUAUUUAAGAUAAUGCCAGAGAGGAAUGCACACUCCUAUUGCACAAUGAUCCGUGGGAUGGUGAAGCAUGGGGCUUCUGCUAAAGCUUAUGACAUGUACAUAGACUUGCUGAAUGAAAGACACAAGGCUGACGUACACACCUUCAAUGCACUGAUUACAGCAGUCCCAUACCUGAAGGAGAGGUUCUUGGAAAGAUGGGAAUUAGCCAAGGUCUUCCUGAAUCACAUGGCUCAACAGGAAGUGCAACCAAACCUGCUAACUUUUAAUGCUUUACUGAAGACUCUGAGAAGAUGUGGUGGUGUAGGCAGAAGUAUGUCUUUAUCGGUACUAAAGGAAAUGGAAGCACUUGAUAUAGAGCCUAGCCUUGCAACGUAUGAUCAUCUUCUCUUUACAUUUUAUAGAGGCGUUGGUCUUUCCUCGUCAGGCAUCAUCUCUGAGGUGCUAGAUGAUGUUGAAAGGAGGAGCUUCACUCCACAGGACCCUGAUGACGCCAAUUUUUUUGCCACUGCUAUGCAAGUGUGCUGUGAUCUUAAGGAUAUCAAGCUUGCCUAUCGGUUAAAUAAGGCAAUGGAGAAGGGAGACAACUGGAAAUUCUUGGAUGUGGAUCGGUUAAAUGCAUACUGGUCAAAAUUCUUUUCAUUGCUGUGUAUGAUGGAACAACUUGAUGUUGUGUUGAAAUGGUACAAAGAAACAUCCACUUCGCUCUUCUAUCCAACUCCUAAAAAUAUAUUGGACCUCCUUCAAGCACUGGAUGCAGCCAACCACUUGGAAGUGAUCCCUUCAGUCUGGGAAGAUAUGAAACAGCUGGGGUUUAACAGGAGGCAAGACCUGUUGGAAGAGCUCUUGUCUUUGAUGAGCAGGGAGCAACACCCUGAAGAGAUUCAGCUGGCAUUUGCCAAGUGUGCUGAAGACAUCCAAGCUGUCCAUGAGCAAAGCGGGUGGGAGCAGGCCCCAUUACAAUGGACAGGCAGCGCACUGGGCCAUGUCGCUCUGUUGUUUUCCAGGGCUGGGAGAACCCAGGACGCUUGGAAUAUGAUGGAGCGUUUCCAGCAAAUCAAUAGGAUUCCCACUGACCAGGUGAUGGAUGAGUUCUUGAACUGUGCUAAACAAACCAAUUCCCCAGAUGAGGCAAUUAAGCUGGUAAAGCUGGCAGUGUCCCUCGGUCUUCCUUCAUCUCAAAGGCUUAAAAGCAGAACGGAGAAGGAAUUUGAACUCUCCGAAAAGCAGAAGAAGACACUGGAGAGUAUCCAGUCAGACAGCGACAGCAGCGAUAGCGACAGCGACAGCGACAGUGACCGUGAGUAGCUGGCCCUCUUGACUUCCUCUGGGAAAACCGCGAGCAAGCGCUGCCUUGACGCAGGAGGCUGCUGUGAGAAGGGAAGUUACUGAAGGGACAGUGCCUGGGAGCUGCUGCAGCGCUGCUGAGCGCUCCAGAGCAUUCCGGUACGGGACCUGCUUGGCAAGAGCAUGCUGCCCUCCUUGGAGCAAGCUCAAAGCUGUCCUGGUUAACGUCCUUGGUAACUUCAAACACAGCGUGGGCUACUCCAACACCCUCCCUCCCACACCACUACCUGCACCAGCUCGCUCCUGCCAGGCAGCCAGGGCUUGCUUGAGCAGCUCGGCUGAGGGCCUGGCGGGCUGCGGGGAGGAGUGCGGCUUCCUGGAGGCUGCUCAGCAGGCACAAGACUUGGACAGCUUGAGCAAGACUUCUCUUGGACCUUCUACAACAUAAACCUGUGCCGGAUUUAAUUCCUUUCCAGCUAACUUUAAUGAACUACUUAAAUAUGAAGCUUAAUCUGUAUGUAAACACUGUAAGUAAUGCAAUACUCAUCACCUGUGGUGUUAUUCCUCAUCGGUUUUGGUGUUUGGGGAUGGGUUUUGGACUUUACAUGUUAAAAAGCUACACUAUGUACAGCUGGAGACUGCAUCUAAUAAACAGCUGACAUCUAGCGCGGCUGUAUCCUGAUAAUCCCUGCGCAAAACCUGUUGAUUACAAAGUGCCCCCACUGCUCUGGGGGGGAAAUAAGCAAGGUUCAUGCAGAAUACAGCGAUAAAGCUCGUGGGGUGACUGGGAAGCCGUGAUGGUGCUGUUCCCUUCUCUGCGUGGCAGGUAAUGCCCUCGCAGCAGCCUCGUGCUGUUCUCACCUUGUAGAGGAAGCUUGAAGAGGUUUUUGAGGUAGUUAUUUUGAACAGGCAAAGAAGGUCUUGUUCCUGUGAGGAUUAAUCUGUAUUCUAGCGAAAGCAGAGAGUUCUCUUUGUGAAGAAUGAAACCUUGAAGUGCAUGAUGCUACGGGGUAAGAGCCCGCUGCUGUGGAAAGCAGCUUAAGGGUAAAUCAGUAAUGAAUUUGGGAAACCACAGCUGCUGCAGGUAGAACAAACUCCACCUGAAGGGCUGCAGUCAAGUGUUCCUGGCACUGCAGGAGUGGAGGGGCAGCAAAGCUGUUGGCAGGCAGUGUUUGCUCCAGAAAGCAAACGCCUGUUCAAGGAAGGUGUGACCAGUACAGGGAAAGAUCAAAGCCGAAGGGCUGGGAGGCGGCGAUACACUCCACUCUGUUGUACCGACAAUUUAAAACUGGAUCAGCGAGGAGACCAAGCUCCAGUUACUCAUUUCAGCAAGUGGGUGCCAAGUAACUUAGAUCAAUCUGUCUUCAGCAAUGGCAAGAGUCCAGGGAAAGGUAAGAGAAGGAAGGAGCUUGGUCUGUAUGGGAGUUCUGGGGGUUGAACCAAAAUCUGGCUUCUAGAUAGAAAUAGUUGGGUCUGCUAAAACUACAGCUGAGCAGGUCUGACAGGAAGAAGCCCGCAGGGGUAGAAGGCCACCAGAACACGUGCUCUGACACCAGUUAUGUCUACUUAAACCUG